GUCCAUACACCCCAACUCCUCUUACUACAAAAGCCGAGUGCUAAGUUCGGGGUCGAGGAUCCAACAAUCUUCCUCAAACUGUAUUUCGACGGGUACGGGGACUCAUUUUCUUCAAUUCACGAAAAAGAAAUCUCGAGAUGGUUAGCAUUCUCGCUCAGGAGCGUCUUCUCGGCGCUGCCUUGGGAGCUAUCUUCACGGGCGUUGUUGUUUUCGAGCAAAGGAGGAGCAUUUAUAGCCUAAUUUCCCAAAAUCAGCCCCAAAUCGAAGUUCAAAAAGAGGGCAAGGAGCCCAAGCUGGGAGAGCUGGAUUCCUUGGGGUGGAGAUAUUCCAAGAAAUGGGAGUUUUCAGCCCAUUCUUACUUUUGAAUGUCGGUAUCGGUAGGCGUAUCCACCUGGUGGAAAAAUGAUACGAUACGGUGUCACGUAUUGGUAUCGGGGCCGUAUCAGUCAGAAAUUUUUUUAAGCCAAAGAAACAAGGAAAAUAUCAGGAUAAAAAGAGAAUAAUAAGAUAUUCAAGAAUCAAUCUUUGUUUUGUAUUUUAGACACGCAUAUGAUGGUGUAUCAGACCAUUCUUUGAUGGGAACGUUGUCUAUUAGUUUGACUUGUUGAAGGUCAACUAAAUGGGCCCUAAUUGAGCACAAAUGAA